GACUCCUCCUCCUCCAUGUGACUGAUCACAUGACGGUGACAUCAUCGCAGGUCCUGUAAGUACACGGCUCCUCUACAGAUACAGGUUCCUAUAAGGUGUCAGGACGUGGCGGUCUAUUUCUCCAUGGAGGAGUGGGAGUAUGUAGAAGGACACAAGGAUCAGUACAAGGAUCAGGUCAUGAUGGAGGAUCAGCAGCCCCUCACAUCACCAGUCAGAUCCAGUAAGAGAACAGCACCAGAGAGGUGUCCCCGUCCUCUUGAUGAGCAGAAUAUGGAGGUCAUUACUACAGGGAAAAAUCGGAUCUAUAUUAAUGCUACAGUUAUGAAGGAAGAAGAAGAGACAGAUGUGAGCGGUGAUGACCAGUAUAAGGAGGACAUUCCUACAGGGAAAGAUCUUACCUGUAAUAAUUCUACAGACCUAAAGGAAGAAGAAGAGACAGAAGUGAGCGGUGAUGAGCAGUAUAAGGAGGACAUUCCUACAGGGAAAGAUCUGAACAAUAUUAAUGCUACAGAUAUAAAGGAAGAAGAAGAGACACAUAUGAACGGUGAUGAGCAGUAUAAGGAGGACAUUCCUACAGAGAAAGAUCCGAUCUAUAUUAAUCCUUCAGAUAUAAAGGAAGAAGAGACAGAUGUGAGCGGUGAUGAGCAGUAUAAUGAGGACAUUCCUACAGGGAAAGAUCCAAUCUAUAUUAAUCCUUCAGAUAUAAAGGAAGAAGAAGAGACAGAUGUGAGCGGUGAUGAGCAGUAUAAGGAGGACAUUCCUACUGGUAACUGCCCAGGAAAAUAAGUUUAAAUAAAGAAAAAAAUGGGGUAAAAGAUAACGCUAUGUUAUACAUACCGAUCGUACCAACCUGAUCUAUGAGGAGAACAAGUCAAUUUUACGGCACAUAACAUGAUUGC